CGGUGGUGAGCCAAUCAGCGGCCGCGGGAGGGUGUCUGGUUACUCCCAGUCAGCCCACGCUAGCUGGCGGAGGGAGGGGCUAUUCGGGUCCUCCGCAGAAAUGUUAACUUGGCUUCUUCGCUGGAAGAGAGGUAGAAGCUGUAUGGUAGCCAUCAAACCCAGCUUUUUAACGAGAGGGUUUAUUUUGUUUUAACUUUUUUCUCCUUUUAUUAUUUGUUUUACCGACGCCCGUGGGAGUAAAAAAAAAGAAGAAAAAAAAACCUUGGAAGUGCUAAGGACUUUUUCUAGCUGAAUGCAUUGUGGGAAGGUAGACCUGUUGCCCGCCUCGCUGUUCAGUCAACUAUCCAAGAUGUUGCUUUGUGGAUGGGAUGUCGUCUGGAGCCGCUUUUAUGCACUCUCUUAGCUUCGUUAAAUCUUUCUUUCCGCCAAUUUUAGCAAUUGUAACUUUCAGGAAAGAUGCACGUGUCUCUGGCAGAAGCGCUGGAGGUUCGAGGAGGCCCACUGCAGGAGGAGGAAGUUUGGGCUUUGCUGAGCCAGAGCGCUGAAAGCCUCCAAGAACUUUUCCACAAAGACCCUUCAGCCAUGGGUUUUAUCAUCUCCCCUUGGUCGCUGCUGCUCAUGCCGUCGGGCAACAUCUCCUUUGCCGAUGAGUAUGUCACACAAAAGGACUUGAGAGCUUUCACGGCCCCAGAGGUUCUGGAGGGGAAUGCCCUGAAUUCAGUUUCUGACUUAGAAAAGAUGCACAUAUACUCUCUAGGAAUGGCCUUAUUCUGGGGGGCAGACUAUGAGAUCCCCCAAAGUCAGCCAAUGAAGCUGGGGGAACACCUGAACAGUUUGCUCCUCAACAUGUGCGAUGAGGUUACGGUGAGUCGAAUGUCGCUGCGCACGGUGCUGGACAUCUGCAGCAAACACAUCCGAAACUCCAGCGGGGACCCCCCCUUCUCCUACAUCAGAAAACUAGUCCGGUUGGUGCUCGGCAGCCUCUCCCAGUUGGAUGGUUUGGUGACGGAUAGAGAGUCUCUCCCAGAGAGGAGUAAGGAGAUUCGAGAGCGGCUGAGGGGCAAAGGUUUGCCUGCAGGGAGGAGUGCGGCCCCCAGGGUUCUGGAGCGAUACAGAGCCAGGAAUCAGGAGCAAACGUUUCUUAACCGGGGCCUCAGCCGGUCCAUGGGUUCACUCACCAUCCAGGAGAUGUUGAAGGGAGAUGACGGCACAGCCCCUCAGUAUUCUGUUCCCGAUUAUCCAACAAACUCUGAAUCCCCCACAGAACUCUACCCCAAACCACCCUCGCUGCCGCACCAACAGUCCUAUCCCCAUCUGCACCCUCUUCACCCUCAACAGAAAGGUCGGCCUGUGGAACUCGACCGAAGGUCUUUGAACUUCUACGGCGGGGAUUUGGGGUUGAAACAGGCCAGGAAAUCCUGGGCGUCCUCUGUGGAUUUGGCUUACAUUGAUCCAGAUGCUCUUCGUUUUGGAGCCUUGGAAGAUGCUCGCAAAGGCAGCAGUGCCUUAAGCACCCGUUCAGCGGGCAGGCGCACAUCGCCUUUGUUGGCGACUAGAGGAAGAGAUUCUCGCCUCUUGGAGUUCGGUGGGCUGAAGACCCAAAAGCCUCAUCACUUCUCUGCUCUGUCUGUUGGCUCGGCCCUCCCGGGUGCUUAUGACAGGUUUAAGGAAAGACAAAGAAAGCUGCAGGUGCUUCAACAAGCAGUGGAUGGUCCUGCUUCCACCCACCAGAGGUACCACAGUGACUUUAGUUCGUCCAGUGAAAGCCCCUCAGUGACCUCCUCGGAUCCAGAGUACAGACAAGCUAAAAAACCCAGCGAGGUGACCAGGUACGGCUCGCAGCUGGCACUUUCAUCUGAUCACGACGCCCUGUCCUUGACCAGUCACAGCACACGCAGACUCAGGCAAAAUGAGGGGACACCUGAGGAGGGUUUGGGAGCUGAGCUGCUCCUCCAGAGACAGGAGGAGGAGGUGCAGCGACUUCAGGCCCAUUUGGCCAACCGGCUGUCCAGAGCCAAUCUUUACCCACCAGAUGAUCCCCAGGCUUCACUGGUCGACCUCCAGGAUCCUGUCUACUCUUCUUCUGUGCCACACCGCAAGAACAAGAACCUCCAUGGGCCAGAGUUUGUGAAGAUGGCCAGUGAGCCUUGCAUCAGUUUGACUGUGCCCGGUUCAAUCAUGAAACGUGGGAAGGCUGAAGAGGUGCAGAGAAAGGUGGGAGUGGUGUUGCUGAACGGCCAAAAGCUGGAGCUGACCUGUGACAUCAAGGCAGUUUGUAAAGAUGUUCUAGACAUGGUGGUCGCCCACACCGGGCUUGUGGAGCAUCAUCUUUUUGGCCUUGCUUACCUCAAAGACAAUGAAUUUUUCUUUGUCGAUCCUGAUGCCAAACUCACCAAAGUUGCCCCUGAGGGGUGGAAGGAGGAGCCUAAAAAAAGGAGAUCUGACGUGCCUUUUAAUCUUUUCUUCCGCAUAAAGUUCUUCCUUGAUGAUGUCAACUUCAUACUGCAUGCCAUGACCAAACAUCAGUACUAUCUGCAGCUGAGGAAGGAUAUCUUGGAAGAAAGGAUGCGGUGUGAAACAGAAAAUGCCAUGCUGCUGGCCUCACUGGCUCUGCAGGCUGAAUUUGGGGACUAUCAACCAGAGCUCCACGGGAAGACCUAUUUUAGAUUGGAGCACUAUUUGCCUGUGUCUGUCUUGGAUAAGGUGGACCAAACAACUCUGAGAGAAGAGCUGCCAAUACUUCACAGCAACUACUAUGGAGCUUCAGACUCUGAGGCAGAGUUUGAGUUUCUCAAGGUGAACCAAAGACUGCCGGAGUACGGAGUCCAUUUUCACCGAGUACUUCCAGAGAAGAGGUCUCAGACUGGCAUCUUGUUGGGAGUCUACUCCAAAGGGGUGCUGAUUUUUGAAGUCCUUAAUGGCAAUCGCACCCCUGUAUUAAGAUUUCCCUGGAGGGAGACCAAGAAGAUUACCUUUAUAAAAAAGAAAAUUUGCCUUCAGAACACAUCAGAUGGCAUAAAGCACUUUUUCCAGACGGACAGCACUAAGACCUGCCAGUAUCUGCUGCAGCUGUGCUCUGAUCAGCACAAGUUCCACCUGCAGAUGAAGGCUCGCCAAAACAACCAGGAGCUGCAAGACCUGCAGGACCUGCAGGACUUGGAGAACACCCCCUUGAACAGCCUGCCAUAUUCUGCCGAUGUUCGGAGUAGAGGCUCAUCAGUAUGGACGGGGAGCUCGGACGGCCCGGCCAAGAGUUUAUCAACCCGAUCCAACCCAGACCAAAUAAAGAGGAUCUCAUAUUCAGAACUGGCCCUCAACAAGGCCCCGUUGGGUUCUGUUAUAGUCCACGAUGAGCUUCACCUUCCGGGUUACAAUCCACGAGCCUCCACAGCCUUUCCUAACCCAUCCAUGAUGAGUCGCUCUCACCACAACCUGGCACUUUUACCAGAGUCCAUGGAUGGCAAUCAAAACAGCAGACUGGCCAUCUCCAAAUCCAGCCAGGGGCUGUCUCUGUUCCAGCAGCAUCAGAGAGCCAGCUCAGACACGGACUCGCUGUUACAGCUGCAGGACAAGUCUCUUGGUGCAGUCUCUCAGGGCAGCCCGGCCUGGCGCCCGAAAUCCAAAAAAGAAUUAGACUCUUCAUCAAUGGAGGAUGGUGGCCAAGCAUAUGUUGUUGGUGUCAGCGUCCAAGGCUCUUCUGGACCGCCUUCAACAGACUCGGUUACAGAUUCCCUGAAGAAAAAGCUAAAUGACCUACCGUCUCCGGAGAGAGAAAUCAAAACUGUAAACCUCAAGAAAGAUGUGAAAUACGGCCUGGGAUUUCAGGUGGUCGGAGGAGAGAACUCUGGUCGGAAGGACCUCGGGACCCUCAUUAGCUCCCUCACUCCUGGAGGUCCUGCUGAUGUUGACGGCUGCCUCAAACCUGGUGAUCGGCUCAUCUCGGUGAACGGUAAAAACCUGGAAGGACUCUCUCACUCUGCCACAGUCGAUGUCCUCCAAAAUACUCCUGAUGAUGUCACUCUUGUGGUGUCUCAGCCUGUUGAGAGGCUCUACAAAGAACCUUUCUUAGAUUUUGAGGCCAAGUCUUCCUUUGAACCCUCUCAGAGGCGAGAUCUAGAUUUGGAUACCUCCUCAGAGGAGCACCCAGGAACUAGAAGCCCCUCACUUCUCAGUGCUGCUAAACAUGUAUCCCCUUCGUCUUCAGCCCACCCUCACGGCAGCCUCAGCUCCCAGGACUCCUGGAAAAACAGUGCUGUGAAAAUCAGCCAACCCCCUCCUAACGGAGCUCAGCAGUUCCUGGAAAGAACUUCCGUUGCUUCCGCAUUUCCAGCCGGUCCCCAACAUCGCGGAGCCGAACCAAACGUGCGUUUGGAUCCGACACCACCUGCUCUGCCACCAAAAAUGAGAAAAGUUAAAGUUCCCGAAGCUCCUAAAGCUACAGAAAACUCAGACUGGGGAGAUUCAGACAUGGACGAAGAGACUUAUUCCAAUAGUCAAGAGACACUGAAGGUCAAAAAGGAAUGCUUCAUGGAAAAUGUAAACGGUAAUGCCUCAGGGGUCAGUAGUCUCCAUCCAGGAGAACUAUAUGACAUUGAACUGUCUAAAAUAGACAGCAGCCUGGGCAUAAGUGUCACGGUACUGUUCGGCAAGGGGGGAGUCGACACAUCUGUUAAACACGGUGGAGUCUACAUCAAAGCUCUUACUCCAAAAGGUGCUGCAGACCUGGAUGGAAGGAUACAAAAAGGUGAUCGCGUUGUGGCCGUAAAUGGCAAAAGCCUGGAGGGAGCCUCUCACCAGCAGGCAGUUAAUGCCCUCAGAGACACGGGACAGACGGUGCACCUAUCGUUGGAGAAGAGUCACCUGCCUCUAGACAGAGUCUCCGCUCCAGUCACACCUCGGUGCACGGUACGAGGUAUUAACAGUGAGCCCGACCACGCCAAGGACAGAGAGAAGUCAAGUGAAUCCAAAGACAAAAAAGACUAUUUCUUUGUUACGAAAGAUAAUGUGUUUGAGGUGCGGCUGCUGAAGAACACAUCAGGCCUGGGUUUCAGUUUCAGCCGGCAGGAGCAAGUUCCCGGUGAAGCCCACGGCUCCAGCAUGGUGAGAGUCAAAAAGCUUUUCCCAGGCCAACCUGCAGCAGAGAGCGGACGGAUCCGGGUGGGCGACGUCAUUCUGCGAGUCAAUCAGACGCCGCUCAAAGGACUCUCGCAACAUGAGGUGAUAUCUGCCCUGAGAGGGACGGGACAGGAGGUCACUCUGCUCCUCUGCAGGCCUGAGCACGGGACUCUUCCUGAGAUGGAUUCUUCUUCUUUGACCCCAAAGCCAUCACCAAGAAAAGAGCCAGCAACUCACGCCGAUCCCAGCCUGCUCAGAACUACUCCAGAUUCAGUAGACGGGAAAAAGCAGGGCCCCGUGGAGGCAGCCCUAGAUAGACUGCUAGGCAAAACCCCCGCCCGACACAACAGCUACAGCGACAGCACGGAUGGAGAUGAGGAGGUGGAAGAAGCUUUCAGCGCAGCCAAACUCCAGCACAGCAGACAGACCUGGGAGCAGAGCGCUUAUCAGCCCUCCAGUGGUGACACGGGCCUCUCUGCUUUCUAUUCCCCAAACCUUUCAGCAAUGAGGUCGAAAAAGACCAACAGAUGUUCUUCACCACCGAUGGAAACUGAUCUGGACUCCUUAACCGGAGGAGGGAAACCUUCGCUCUCUGCACCGAGUCCGGCCCCCUUGCCCCCUCCCCUACCAAAGCCCCUGAACGCCUCCAUCCCCGACAACAGUCAGGUCAUGGAGGAACUUCUCCCGGAAGUGGAGUUGAAGGUCUCUUUAGUGAAAUCAGAGAAAGGCAGCCUUGGCUUCACCCUCACCAAAGGCAGCGAUCAUGGGUGCUACAUCCAUGACAUUGUCCAGGAUCCAGCCAAAGGAGACGGGAGGCUCAAACCUGGAGACCGAAUGAUCGCGGUUAACAACACCGAUGUGAGUGAUAUGGGUCACACCGAGGUGGUUAACCUUGUGCGUGCCGCCCCUCCGGUGGUGGAGUUAUUAGUAGGGAGGAUCCUUGAGAUUCCCAAACCCCCCAUUGAAGCCCAUCUGCUGCCUGACAUUUGCUUUAAGAGCAACAGAGAACCGCUUGGGUUGGUCCUGGAUGGAGGCAGUGACAGCAUGUUUGGGGUUUUAUUUGUGAAAGAUAUCCACCCGGGGUCACUGGCCUCAAAGGAAGGAAGCCUGAAGCCACUUGACCUGAUCCACUACAUCAAUGGGGCUCCCACGCAGGACCUGACUCUGAGCGAGAGCCAGAGACUGCUGGAGCUCUCCCCGAAAGACCUCGCACUCAAAGCCACAAGGGGUGGAAUCCCGGUUUAUCCUCAGGAGAAAAGCGUCUCUUUUCUUGACGAUAAUUCUAAGAUUCCCUCCAGCAUAAAUGGGUUCAUAAAAGACGAAGAUUCAAGAGAAAUGAAGGAGCUUGAAGCACUUUGUCCUUCGGAAGAGGACAUCAUUAAGGUGGAUCUGGAGAAGUCACUGUCGGGAGGUCUGGGUUUCUCAGUAAUUGGUGGGGAAAGAGGAAUCUUUGUGAAGUCGAUCACACCGGGGGGAGUUGCAGAGCUAUCGGGCAUUCUCCAAGUUGGAGACAGGCUGCUGAAGGUGAAUGAAGUCCUAAUGGCAGGUGUGUCCCACACCAAAGCUGUCGCCACCAUUCGGAAAGCUAAAGGAGUUGUGCAUUUAUUUGUGUCUCGACCACCUGAUCAGAAUCCAAACACCUACCUGGCUUAUCUACCCAUCAACUCUGACACGUGCAACGGCAACACGGAUGAGAGUGAGAACAAUGGAGUAAAGGCGAAGCUCCACGCUCUACAAGAUGAGCUGAAAUCAAACAAUGUCCCUGCCAUUCCCCCCAUAGAUUAUGAAUCGGACCCGCUAGAGCAGAAAAGAGAGCAGAGUGCAGCGCUGUCGGAGGACACGGACUGCGAUGGCUCCUCCUUACCCGAGGAUUCUCCUGUGACUCCUCGGAAAGCUGGGUGGCAUGAGGAGAGCGUUGACGAUUCGAGGAAUGAAAACUAUCUGCAGAUGAGUGCCGGGCAGCCAGAGGAAGAUGAAAUCACGUGGGGAAGUGAUGAACUACCCAUUGAGAAUCUUAACUCCCAGUCAAAAGACGAUGAACCAAUCAUCACAGAUGCUGAGCUGACCUCUUUGCCUCUUGUGCGAGUGGUUCCUGAUGGCCAGUACACGGGUUCCAAACUCUACAGUGUGGUCCGAAUGAUGAAGGGACUUCUGGAGCAGAAUGUGCCACUGCAAGAAUUUGAAAAUCUCCAGAAUCUGCAGCCGCUGGAUGACUGCCUGAUUGGUCAGACGAAGGAGAACAAGAAGAAGAACCGCUACAAGAAUAUUGUCCCCUUUGACACCACUCGUGUUGUGCUUGGUAAAGAUGGAGGUUACAUAAACGCCAACUUCAUUAACAUACCCGUGAAGGAGGAGAACUUCCUAUACAUCGCCUGCCAGGGACCUUUGCCCACCACGCUGGGGGACUUCUGGCAGAUGGUCUGGGAGCAGAAGUCUAACGUGAUCGCCAUGAUGACCCAGGAGGUGGAGGGAGGCAAAGUGAAAUGCCAGCGGUACUGGCCGGACACACCAAGGACAUCAGAAAUGGUCGAUGACAGGUUACAGAUAACGCUCAUCAAAGACCAACAUCUGGACAAUUUUGUCAUCCGACUCAUCGACGUCAAAGACGUCCAGACAAAUGAAAUCCAGCACGUUACUCAUCUGAACUACAUCGGCUGGCCCGACCACGGAACUCCAACCCAGCCCGAGCAGCUGCUGACCUUCAUAUCCUACAUGAGGCACGUGUACCGAUCGGGGCCAAUCAUCACACACUGCAGCGCCGGCAUCGGCCGCUCCGGGACUCUCAUCUGUUUGGACGUGGUUCUGGGCCUCAUCAGUAAAGACGCUGAUUUUGAUAUUUCAGAUAUUGUUAGGAAUAUGAGGCUUCAACGACACGGAAUGGUCCAAACAGAGGAUCAGUAUAUUUUCUGCUAUCAAGUGAUCCUCUAUGUGCUCAGAUGCCUUCAAGCAGAGGAGAACAUCUCAGGAUAGCAGCAAAAAGCCUCGUGAUUCUUCAUGACACAAGCAGAAAUUGCCAAAUCACAAUACAAGGUUAUUCCUGAAGCUGUUUGAUUCUUUGGGACUAAAGUUUCUUCAGAGGAUUCUAUUUUUUAUGUCUGCUUUUACUGCUGCUCCCCUUUGAUGCAUUUAUGCAAGCUGCUGAUUGUAACUCUUAUCAUCCACAUGAGAACACUAAUUUUUUUUUUUUUUUAAUCCUGGAUGUUUUAAAUGAUUAUAAAUUUGUCAGUGAUUUCAUGUUUUAUAUUUUUUGUGUAUUUUGAAGCCUAUUUCGAUGCUGGAACAUGCCUUGACAGAAUACUAUGUCAGUAUUUGCUAUGUAAAUCUAUUACACAGUUACCUGCUCGCUGCCUGAGGCAAACGAUGAAAUUGGAAGUGUAUAUAUUCAUCUCUUGAACAUUAAACUGGAUACAUUUUAAAUGUGUAUGUAGAGAAUUUUUUUUGUAAUCAAAUGUAAAUGUUUAUUACAACGUUCAACAUAGGGGCCUGUUAUGAGCCUCGAGUGAUGAGUUUGCAUUCCACAGUUCAGUUACCAAAACAUUGAUUUUAGAGUUUUUAUCUAUAUUUUGUUGCUCAUUAAAACAUAAAUGGUGAAGAAAA